GUUCAGCCCAAGGACUUGGUGGACGACGUCGCGCUGUGCUGGGUCGGCAACGACCCGAGCGGGGUGCGAGAAAUGGCCAUUGCCACUCGUGCGUUCUGCAGGGCUGUCCGGCCCCUCGGGCUGGUGCUGCAGAUGGAUAAGUCUGGGCACCUUACGACGUCCAGGCGCACCAGCUACCACUUUCAGAAGUACGCUAGGCUGCUGAAGAUCGCUGGCAAGAGGCACAUGCGGUAUCUUGGCCACGACCUAGCUGGGUCGUCGGCCACUAGGGCCGUGCAGAAGGGACGCCUGAAGGCCAUGCACGGCAAGAAGGCCAGCGUUCGAGCAUUGCAGAAGGGAGCAGGACGACAGCGGGCGGCUCGGCUCUGGGCCACGGGUGUGCUGCCAUCCGUGGGGCACGGGGCCACGGUCAGCGGCAUCAGCGACACGGAGCUGCAGCAGAUGAGGACCAUGGCUGGCGUCUUCUGUGGCUACAAGGGGUCGGGCUCCCUGACGCUGUACCUGGCCGCGCAGCAGUGGAACUUCGACCCCAUAUUCCACGCCACCUUCAGCAUCGUGGGGCAGUACGCGGCGUGGGUGUGGGAUGGGCGUGUGACGCUCUCCCGACUGCAGCGGGCCUGGAUGGGCUUGCGUGACUCCUGGGAAGCCCGCCACACUCACGUCACGUGGGCCAGUGCGCAGGGCCCGCUGUCGGCCUUGUGGUUGUCCCUCAGGAGAGUCAACUGGAACAUGGCAAGUUCUACAAUCUUGGUUGACGAUGAGGGCCUGCAUAUCAGUUUGCUGCAGUAUUGUCCCAGUGAGGUGCUGUUUUUCCUGCGUCGCAGCCUCGACCGUUGGCAGAGCCAUCGUAUCCUCGACCAGCUGCCUGAGGCGCCCCCAGCCGAUGGUGACGGCAGGCGGCAGCAGCAUGUGUGGCUUCGUGCGCUUCGACUGGGACACGCCUCCUUGGCGCCUGGCCACAGAGGGGCUCUGGCCAAGCUGCAGUCCAACGGGUUCUGGUCGCCGCAGCGCCGCAUGCAGGCCUGCUGCGACCUCGAGCAUGAGAUCUUCGGCUGCAAGGUAUUGCAUCAGCAGCAGGAGGACGAGGAGACGGAGCCGUACCCCGAGGAGGUGGCCAAGAGGAGGAAGGACAUCCUGGAGGCAGCCCCGUGGCGCGACGGGGGCCAGGUGCAGGACUUCUCGGCCAUCGACGUGCUCUACGCGCUGCCCCUGAGGCCUGUUUUCAGGCCGCUGCCUGCACGUGCUCAGGCUGAGCGCGAGUGGGGGGCGAUCGACAUGCCGUGGCCGUCGAAGUUGUACGGGGACGGGUCCUGUCUUGAAAGUGAUUUCCCUGAGGAACGGCGCUGUGGCUGGGCCGUCGUGGCAUUGACCCGAGACCUGUGGCCAUACAAAGCUUUGUUCGGGAGCCUGGGGGGCCCUAUCCAGACGGUGCCCAGGGCCGAGCGCGUUGCUGGUCUCAAGGCCCUGCAGAGGGCCCAGAGGCCAGCCACGUACGUGACUGAUCAUUUACAGCUGCAGGUCGAGGGAAUGGCCUGGGAGGGUCGUCAUGCUUCUGCCAGAGCGCCUCACGCGUCCAUCUGGCGGAGCAUCCACGAGCUGUAUAGAGGCGACCCUGUCAG